AUGCCACCCCCUCUCUUUACUGUUCAGUCUCCCAAUGUCGUCUACACCGACGAUGAGAUCAAGAGUCAGUACGCCUACCAGACCACUGAGGUCACCCGCACUGCGGACAACAAGUUGGUUGCUACCCCCAAGGCUACCAACUACCACUUCAAGGUUGACCGCAAGGUCGGCAAGGUCGGUAUGAUGCUGGUCGGCUGGGGUGGAAACAACGGCUCCACUGUCACCGCCGGUAUUCUCGCCAAUCGCCGUGGUCUGUCCUGGGAGACCCGUGAGGGUCAGCAGAAGGCCAACUACUAUGGCUCUCUUAUCAUGAGCUCCACUGUCAAGCUUGGCACCGAUGGCAAGACCGGCGAAGAGAUCAAUAUUCCCUUCCGGGACCUGCUCCCUAUGGUCCACCCCAAUGACCUCGUCAUUGGGGGUUGGGAUAUUUCCAGCCUGAACCUUGCGGCCUCGAUGGACCGUGCUCAAGUGCUUGAUCCCAGUCUCAAGGCUCUGGUCCGUAAGGAGAUGGCGGAGAUGCAGCCCCUGCCCAGUAUCUACUACCCGGACUUCAUUGCCUCCAACCAGGGGGACCGUGCCGACAACGUUCUGGAAGGCACUAAGGCCUGCUGGGCUCACGUGGAGCAGAUCCAGAAGGAUAUUCGUGAAUUCAAGGCCCAAAAUGACCUGGACAAGGUGAUCAUCAUGUGGACCGCCAACACUGAACGCUAUGCGGAUAUCAUCCCUGGCGUCAACGACACUGCCGAAAACCUGAUCAACUCGAUCAAGACUGGCCACGAGGAGGUUUCUCCGUCCACUAACACUUUUGUGCCUGGUGCUCUCCAGUUUGCUGAACAGCACAACGCUUUCAUCGGUGGUGAUGACUUCAAGUCCGGCCAGACCAAGAUGAAGUCCGCCUUGGUGGACUUCCUGAUCAACGCUGGUAUCAAGCUUACCUCCAUUGCCAGCUACAACCACCUGGGUAACAAUGACGGCAAGAACCUGAGCUCGCAGAAGCAGUUCCGCUCGAAGGAGAUUUCCAAGUCCAACGUGGUGGAUGAUAUGGUUGCGGCCAACCACAUUCUCUACCAGAAGGAUGAGCACCCCGACCACACUGUUGUGAUCAAGUACAUGCCUGCCGUGGGCGACAACAAGCGCGCGCUGGAUGAGUACUACGCCGAGAUUUUCAUGGGCGGCCACCAGACCAUCAGCCUGUUCAAUAUCUGUGAGGACUCACUGCUGGCCUCUCCUCUCAUCAUUGACUUGGUUGUGCUCGCCGAAAUGAUGACUCGUGUCAGCUGGAAGGCUGAUAGCGAGGGUGCCGAGUACAAGGGCUUCCACAGCGUGCUGAGUGUUCUCAGCUACAUGCUCAAGGCCCCUCUGACUCCCCCUGGCACCCCUGUGGUCAACGCUCUGGGCAAGCAGCGUUCCGCCUUGAUUAACAUCUUCCGUGCCUGCGUUGGUCUCCAGCCUGAGUCGGAGAUGACCCUGGAGCACAAGCUGCUCUAG